CCCAGGGGUUUGUGUCAAACACAAGGCAGAACUGUGUUCUCACUGCACCACGAAAAAGACGAGAAAGUGUUUGGAAACCAAGGUCUAGAAAUUGCCUGGCAUUCGGAUUAUGAUGACAUAUUACAUUUGGAACCUUUAAGUUUGUUUCACCAUGUAUCAUCUGAUAGCAAUCCUUGCGAUACUGCUUUCUGGGAUAUCAAAUGCUGCCUCAAGUGUCCCAAGACGACACAAGAGAGGCUGGAUCAUCGACUCCUUCAGUAUGGUAGAGGAACAUCCUGGUCCUUUUCCGUAUGUCCUUGGCACUGUUAGUGUUGACCGAAGGUACAAGGUAAAUUUCGAACUAACUGGCCAUGGUGUGGACAAGGACCCAAAGGGACUCCUCAGCAUUGAUCAGAACACUGGAGUCAUUACAGUCCAUCACAAAAUUGAUUAUGAACAGGUUCAGCUCCUCAUGCUGCAGUUUAAAGCAAGAAAUGUGUCCAAUAUGGCAGUUGACACCCAACUUGGAGUAGAGAUACACAUUUCGGACAUAAACGACAACCGUCCCCGAUUUGAGCACGACGAGUAUCCAAUUACAAUUAAAGAAUCACAACGUCAAGGUGCAUUUGUAAUGACUGUUUUGGCAAGAGACUUGGACAAACGAGGCAGCCCGAAUUCGACCAUCGACUACAGAAUAAUUUCUACGACUCCCAUUACUCAAAAUGCAGAGUUCUACAUGAUAGAAAAUGGCACAAUAUUAUUCAAGGGAUGCUUGGAUUAUGAGAAAGCACAGACAUACACAAUCAUAGUUGAAGCCAAAGACCGUGGAGUUCCUCCUCUUUCAAGCACAUGCAAAGUCAUCAUUAAUGUUGAAGACAUGAACAACCACUUUCCCAUUUUUACCGGUCAUACAGGAACAGGAAGAGUGAAGGAAAGGGAAACAGGACAAACAUUUCUCCGUGUGCAAGUAGAUGACAAAGAUAGUAGGGGCACGUCAGCAUGGAAGGCGAAGUAUACAAUACAUGGAGACACUGGAAAGAACUUCCAAAUUGAAACAGACUCGGAAACGAACGAGGGAAUCCUCUCUGUUGUUCUGGCCCUCGACUUUGAAGAAGGAUCCGUGAGGAACCUGUCCAUCAGUGUGGAGAAUGAGACACCAUACUUCUCAUGUGUGGUGAAGGAGCAGCCCCCUCGAGGGCCCUGGAAGGUGGAUUACUUUGACAGCAGCUCAGGGCAGGGGGGUGUAGUCCGAUCCCCCAUGGAAAAGAUCUCUGUUAGUGUGGAGGAUGUCAACGACCCCCCAGAGUUCGUCUGUCCCCUUGGAGAUGUCACGGUGGAGGAGAACACAGAGAUUGGGCAUCUGCUGGAAACAUUUAUUGCUGUGGAUAAGGACAAGACUUUCAAUGAUGAUUUUGUGUAUUUGAAAGGCUCUGAUCCUGCAGGCUGGGUGAAUGUGGGUCCUCAAGAUGGAAAAAUCACCACAGCUAAAGUAAUUGACAGAGAGUCAGACUAUGUGAAGAACAACACAUACACUAUAACCCUGUAUGCAGUCAGUACAGGUAAGUGCUUUAAAACUGUACUUUGAUUCUCUCUGAGGAAUUAUAUAUGCUGCCUGUUACGUACCGUAAGCUGUGCACUUAUACAGUCAGUAUAAAUUGCACAUAGUUUAACUUAUGCAGUUUUAAAAUAACAAAUAUUGCUCGAUAAAUAUGUGGCUUACUUCGUCUGAUGGGCAAACUGCGAUCAUGAAUAAAAUAUUUUCUUGUUAGUGGAUUAUUUGGUCAAAGACCAUCUAUCGGUCUGACUUCCAAUCCCAAACCCAAGCAGCACAGGGCUAGUGUGGGUGGUAUACCAGUAUAUCACCAAGCAUGGUUAAAGAUUGUGUCUACUGCAAACAACAUGCUCAGUAAAUCAGUGCCAGUUACUUAAAUUUGCCUUAGACAUCCAGAUAACAGAGACAAACGCGCACAGGUAGUUUUGACCAUAGGACCAGGCCCGGACGGUUUGUUGGCAUUUACUGGAGGCAUUUGACCUCAGGGAGUGUUCUGGCUUUGCAAGGUAGUGUGGAGAAGCAGUUUCUUUUCCUGACAGUUUCGUAGGGCCCUCACUUCUACUAGAUCCCUGCGUUGGCUAUAAGAUUCAAGAUUGCUUUAUUUAAGUUGGUAUUCUGUAAUGACUCGAGUGAGAGAAUCCAACUGCGGAAGCAAUACGUUUAAUUCCAGAUCCCAAAUACAGGCACAUGGUUGAAUGUCAGUGAACUAAUCCAAACUGUAAUCCAAAUCCUAAGAGACAAGCAGAGGUCAAUACUGGAAGUGCAGGGAAAACGUCAAAAUCCAAAACACGAACCAAACAACAAGAAAAUCAGGAGAUGUGAUUAUUAAAAUAUCAGUUUGGUGAC